AUGGGUGAAGCUCAAACUCCAGUCGUGACAGCCGACGCUGACGAGCACCUUAACAAGGACAACGACAAUUUUACACACGGAGACGGCUCCAAAACGCAAGAUGGCAACGAGCCAAUCGACAAAGAGGCCCAGGCCGGUGUCCAGAAGGUCGAGGCCCUCGCCUCUGUUUGGUCUAGGAAGACCCUCCUCCUGACCUACGGACUGAUAUGGUUCGUCUACUUCAUCAUGCUGUUGCAACAGGUGUCCUCGUCUGCGCUCAUCCCCUACGUGACCUCGACAUUCGCUCUUCACUCUCUCACGGCUACCGUGGGCACACUCGCAGCAGUCAUCGGAGGCGUCUGUAACCUUACUGUCGCCAAGAUUCUCGAUGUGUUCGGACGACCCCAGGGUUACCUCAUCGCCCUCAUCAUUGCGACCCUCGGUCUCAUCAUGAUGGCGGCAACUCAAAGUGUGGAGCUAUAUGCUGCUGCACAGGUCUUUUGGACUGUGGGAAACGCGGCUCUGGGAUACAGUAUCAACAUCUUCGUUGCCGAUACCUCGUCUCUUCGUAGUCGUGGCCUGAUGACGGCACUGACGACCUCUCCCAAUAUUAUCACCAUCUGGCUUGGCGGCCCAAUUUCGGAAGCUUUCUACCUUCGCGGACCUGGCUGGGCGUGGUGUUUCGGGGCUUUCUCCAUCAUUUUGCCCGUUCUGUGUCUUCCUUUGUUUGUUGUCAUGCUCGUGCAGACCAAUAAGGCGAAGAAGCAAGGUAUCAUCGGCAUUGAGAAAUCUGGAAGAAACCCCCUGCAGUCGGUUCUCUAUUACCUUCGCGAAUUCGACGCUGUUGGCCUCCUCUUGCUGACAGCUGGCAUCUCUUUAUUCCUCCUGCCGUUUAACAUCUGGUCUCUGCAGCCGGAUGGCUUCAGAACCCCCAUGAUCAUCUGCUUCAUCGUCUUCGGCUUGGUCCUCAUGAUCCUGUUUGCGAUUUGGGAGAAGUUCCUUGCUCCAGUUACUUUCAUUCCUUACUCGCUGCUUCUUGACCGCAACAUGAUCGGUUCCUGCAUCCUGUGCCUCGUUCUCGGCAUCAGCUAUUCGACGUGGAACAGCUUCUUCAGCUCAUUCCUUCAGGUGGUUAACAAUCUGACCAUCACCGAGGCUAGCUAUGUCACCCAGAUCUACGGCUGCGGCAGCAGUAUUGCCUGCAUUGCCACUGGAUACUACAUUCACUACACAGGUCGCUACAAAUAUGUGACGCUUGCCGUCGCCAUCCCCAUCUACACUCUGUUCAUGGGUCUCAUGAUUUACUUCCUGAGUGCGGAUCAGGGCAUUGGCUACAUCAUCAUGUGCCAAAUCUUCCUCGCCUUCUCCUCCGGCGUCCUGAUUAUUUCCCCUCAGAUCGCCGCUGUGUCCUCGGCAUCCCACCAGCAUGUCGCUGUCGUCAUGGCCAUCAUCUCCAUGUUCACGUCCAUCGGUUCCGCCAUCGGCCUCACAGUAGCUACUCUUAUCUGGAACCAAACCUUCCCCGUCAAGCUCCUCGAGUACCUUCCCCUCGAGGAUCAAGAAAACUACCUCGACAUUUACAGCUCCCUCGUCGUUCAGACAGGUUACCCCGUAGGCUCCCCUACUCGCAUUGCCAUCCAGCACGCUUAUAGCGAUGCGCAAAAGAUGAUGUGCAUUGCUGGAACAGUUCUCUGGGUCGCUGGUGCUGCUUCCGUUGCUAUCUGGCGCAACACGGAUGUGAGGACCAUUAAACAAGUCAAGGGCCAGGUCAUUUAA